UUUGAAUUGGUCUUUCAUCAUUCGACUCCAAACACACUAUGGUCCACUAUAAACUUUCAUAUUUUCCAAUUCGAUUUGCUGGAGAAAUUCCACGACAGAUUCUGGCAUAUGCCGGGCAAAAGUUUGAGGAUCACCGGAUUCCACAGGCUGAUUGGCCAGCUCUCAAGUCGACUAUGCCGUUCGGAACUCUUCCUGUCCUUUAUCAGGAUGGGAAACCACUUGGACAAUCCCAUGCAAUUUCUCGUUUUCUUGCUCGCCAAUUUGGAAUAAAUGGAAGAUGUCCAUGGGAAGAAGCUCAAGUGAAUGCAAUUGCAGAUCAAUUCAAAGAUUAUCUCAAUGACAUCCGAUCUUAUAAUCUCGUGAAAAUGGGAUUUGCACAAGGAGAUGCCGAUGCUCUUUACAAGGACACAUUCCUUCCAAAUUUCAAGAAAAACUACCAAUUCUUCACCAAUUUCCUUAAAGCCAGUGGAUCUGGAUUCUUGAUCGGUGACUCUGUCACCUGGGUUGAUCUGUUGAUUGCUCAACAUACAUCAGAUCUUCUCAGUGACAGUGGAUCUGUGUUUGCUGCCAGUCAAUCACUUCUAGACGAAUUCCCAGAACUCAAGGCUCAUCAAAAGAAGAUUCAUUCUAUUCCAAAUAUCAAAAAAUGGGUUGAGACUCGUCCAGUUACACCAUUUUAAUUCUAGGAACACUUUACCAACUUUUUUGUUGAAAAUAAAGUAAUUUCAUGAUUC